UCAAAAUCCAUCUAUUUUCUUAUAUGCUGUGCAUGUGAUGAGGUGAAGGCAGAAUUAUGAUUUCACAUGGGGGUCAGUCAGGAAUAGCUGGUCCCAGGUGAAGUUGUUUGCAGUAGCAAAUGAAGAUGCAGGUGAAUUAAGUUAUGGAUUAAAUGCUGAAUCCUUCAUUUCCCAGAGUCUAAGCAGCUCUUUGACGUUUAUUUCGGUAAGCACAAUCACACAGUAAACACUUAAUGCUCUCCUAGCACAGAAGUUACAGAGCUGCUGAGAUUUACUAAGAUUAGCAGUGGGAGAUUAGAGCAGGGGAUGCCAAAUGGGCUUUGCCCUUCUCUGCAGAAGAGCUCUAUGGCACCUGCAGAGCUGUGUGGUGUUUGGCAGAUGAGGGUUGAUAUUAAUGAUGUGCUUGCAAUCAAUCCUGAAUUAUUAGAAAUACCUCCUGCUGAUGUGAAAGAGAAUGUUCCUGUGCAAGACAAUGUAACUGUCCAGAGACCGAAGCGUAGAACAACCCUUUCAAGAAUUCCUGCUCCUCCUCCUCGGGAAGCAGUCACAUCUAAUGUCUCUGCACAUGAGCAGCAGAUUCAAGCUGUGCGUGGCCGUUCCAGGAUGUCUGCUAUCACAGAACCCCAGUGUGGCUUCCAGGAAGAAGAAAUGGCAGUAGAUCCCUCCACUUCUGGGCAAACCAGAAAAUAUUUGACAGUUGCUGCUGGCCGAACCAGGCCUAGCGGGCUGGCUUGUGUUCCAGAAGCUUCACUGGCAAGUGUAAAUGGAGACACAGAGAAUCAUCUGCCUGCUGCUAGAGCGAGCUGCUCAAUGAGCCCAGUUCGAAGAAGAUCUAACAUUGUGAAAGAGAUGGAGAAAAUGAGAACCAAGAGAGAAGAAAAGAGAGCUCAAAAUAGUGAAAUCAGGAUAAAACGAGCACAGGAGUUUGACAGCACCUAUCCAAACUGGGAGUUUGCACGUAUGAUCCAGGCAUUCAGAGCAACUUUAAACUGCCAGCCAAUAUCUAUAAAUGAUCCAAUAGAAGAGCACAGGAUUUGUGUCUGUGUGAGAAAGCGCCCUCUCAAUAAGCAAGAACUUCAAAAGAAGGAAUGUGAUGUGGUUACUGUUCCGAGCAAGUGUGUCCUGAUGGUGCAUGAGCCAAAGCAGAAAGUGGACCUGACAAAAUACCUCGAAACCCAAACAUUUAGAUUUGACUUUUCAUUUGAUGAAACUUCUUCGAAUGAAAUGGUAUACAGAUUCACUGCUAGACCUCUUGUAGAGACCAUCUUUGAAGGUGGGAAGGCGACAUGCUUUGCAUAUGGCCAGACAGGCAGUGGCAAGACACAUACUAUGGGCGGAGACUUCUGUGGGAGAGGCCAGAAUGCCUCGAGGGGCAUAUAUGCUUUUGCCUCACAAGAUGUCUUUCUCCUCCUAAACCAGCCCAGGUACAGGAAUCAGAAUCUGGAAGUCUAUGUGACUUUCUUUGAAAUAUACAAUGGAAAAGUGUUUGACCUCUUGAAUAAGAAGGCCAAACUUCGAGUCCUGGAGGAUGGCAAGCAACAGGUCCAGGUUGUUGGUCUCCAAGAAAAACCAGUUGGCUGUGCUGAGGAUGUCAUCAAAAUGAUCUCGAUGGGCAGUGCCUGCAGGACAUCUGGGCAGACUUUUGCAAAUGCUAGCUCUUCACGGUCACACGCCUGCUUCCAAAUCAUACUGCGCCGAAGAGGACAAAUGAUUGGCAAAUUUUCCUUAGUGGAUCUAGCAGGAAAUGAAAGGGGUGCAGACACAUCUAAUGCUGAUCGGCAGACACGGAUGGAAGGUGCUGAAAUCAAUAAGAGCUUGCUGGCUUUGAAGGAGUGCAUCCGAGCUUUAGGGCAGAACAAGUCUCAUACCCCUUUUCGGGAGAGCAAGCUGACACAGGUGCUAAGGGACUCUUUCAUAGGAGCAAACUCAAGGACCUGCAUGAUAGCAAUGAUUUCUCCAGGCAUGAGUUCGUGUGAGUACACCUUAAACACGCUGAGAUAUGCUGACAGAGUGAAAGAGCUCAGCCCUCAUGAUGGAGGUGGUGAAACUCAGUGUCAGAUGGAGACUGAGGAGGCUGAGACCAGUACCGAAGGCUCAGUUUUUCAACUCAAUUUCUCCAAGGAUGAUGAGGAAGAACUCUCUCCACACAUGUUCAACUAUCGAGAGGUUAUGACUCAAAUUAGUGAACGGGAGGAGAAGGUUGUAGAGCAGCUCAGAGAACUGAGACAGAAAAUGGCUACUGAACUUGACUGCCUCUUGCAAAUCACAGAGAAACCAGAUUAUGAUCUUGAGACCUUUGUGAGCAGAGCUAAGUACUUCGUAGAGGACAGCUCAAGAAAUUUCCUUAGUGUCAGAGAAACGCUGGAUGCCCUGGGGACUGCCAUGCAACUGGAAGAGCAAGCCAGCAAGCAGAUUAGCUGGCGGAGGCCUUAAUCAUUACAGCAAAACCUGGUUCACAAGCAAUCUUUCAUGCGCUUGUCUUGUCUUGCAUGUUUGUCAGUGGUUUGUAUCACUCCUGUUUUAAAUGUGGUAGGGUGUCUGCAGGUCACAUGCCCAAGGGCAGUGAACACAGCAGCCUUUUUCUUCAUGGCCUGUAUCAGGGUACUCAGCAAAGUGCUAAAAUGCACCCACUGCAAGGCUUGGGUAGGGGGCCUGAGAGUCUGCAGUCUCUGCCUGAGAUAGCUAGCCCUUUGCUGGUGACAGUGGUCUCCCCUUAGGGAACUAACUACACAUGUAUAGUACAUUACCUCUUCCAGAUGUGCUUGAAACAUUGCAAAACUGUUACAAGUUUUGCUUUUCUGGAAGGAAAGAGAAUGGACUAUGUGUUUGUAAAAACCAGUAUUUUAAGAAGUUUAAUAAAUAAAUGUUCUUGGAUCUCA